AUGUCUCAUACAUUUUCAUCGGAAUUCGAUAUAAUCUUUGCUGGAGGCGGUACUACAGCUUGCGUUGUCGCAGGUCGCCUGGCUGCAUGUGAUCCCUCGCUCAGGAUCUUAAUUCUAGAAGGGGGUCAACACACCCUCAAUAAAGCUGCUCAUGUUCAGCCAUACCAAUAUUCCAUACAUCUGGCGCCCACCAGUACCGCGAUGACCUUGAACGUUGGAAAUCCCAGUCCAAGUCUCAACGGUCGUGCACCGAUCGUUCCUUGUGCCCAUUGCGUUGGUGGAGGAUCAAGUGUGAAUCUUAUGGUAUACACCCGUGCGCCUGCCUCAGAUUUCGAUGAUUGGGGAGUCGAUGGUUGGGAAUCUGAGAAUUUAAUCCCGCUCAUGAAGAAGCUGGAGACAUACGAGGUGCAGCCAGACCGUCCAACUCACGGGUACAGUGGGCCUAUCAAGGUUUCAUCUGGUGGGCGCAAACUAGCCGUCUGCGAUGAGUUCAUCAGUGUUGGCAUGACGUAUCACAAGAGGCGAUAUGCCGAAGACACCAAUGAUUUAGAAACGUGCAACACAUACAGUCCAUGGGCGAAGUACAUCGACGGGACAACAGGAAGGCGUUCCGAUGCAGCUCACCACUAUAUCUAUAACCAAGCUCACAACACGAAUUUACAACUGUGGGUCGGCAAGCGCGUGAAGCGCGUGAUCUUCGAGGACAAGCGCGCUGUAGGUGUUGAGUUCACCAGCGACCCAGUAUCUUGCCCGAACGCGGAUCAGUCAUCAGACUUUGUGAGAGCAUCAAAGCUUGUUGUUGUCUCUGCUGGGGCGUUCGGUUCGCCAGCCAUUCUUGAGAGGUCUGGGAUUGGUGCCGAGGCGUUCCUCACGCGGUGCGGUGUAGAACAACUGGUGAACUUGCCUGGCGUUGGAGAGAAUUAUCAAGAUCACAACGGCACCUUUGUUCCAUACUUUGCGGCCGACGGGAUUGAUACCUUGGACCUCCUUUGGCGUGGGAAGGAGAAUGUUGUGCAGGAACACCUUGAGCAAUGGAAAAUCAACGGCAAGUCACUCAUUGCCCAAAAUGGCAGCGAUGCAAAGAUCAAGUGGCGUCCUGAUGACGACGAGCUGAAAGCUAUGGGUCCAGCUUUUCAACCGCGAUGGAAGGAGUUCUUCCAGGACCGCCCAGACAAGGCUGUUGCAAUAUUCGCCCUCUUUGCGGGAUUCUCUGCAUCACGUAUGAGGAACCUCCCCCCUCGCAAUUACUUGGUUGCCUCCUGUUAUACGCUGUACCCCGCGUCUAUUGGGAGUGUUCAUAUCAAAUUGGGAGGGAACGGCAAGGAAGGAAUCGAUUUCACCGCAGGCUACCUGGAUGAUCCAUCUGAUAUUGUACCUCUUAACUUUGGGUACAAAAAGAUGCGGGAAAUCUAUCGCCGCAUACCCUCCUACAGAGGUGAAGUUCCUACCGGGCAUCCUCCCUUCCCAGAAGGAAGUGCUGCAGUCUGCGGAGAAGUGGCCGGGCCUGUGGACUUGAAUGCGCCCGACAUCAUUUACACUGCAGAAGAUGACGUUGUGAUUGAUAAAUUCCAUCGUGAGCGCGUGCAUACAACAUGGCACUCUCUCGGGACUUGCGCUAUGAAGCCUAGAGCAGAUCAAGGAGUCGUCGAUGCUCGGUUAAACGUAUACGGUGUGACGAAUCUCAAGGUUGCGGAUAUGUCCAUCGUGCCGAAAAAUGUUGGCACGAACACAUAUUCAACGGCACUUCUCAUUGGAGAGAAGGCUGCGAUGAUCAUUGCGGAGGACUUGGGUAUUGACCCCAAUUGUUGUUCGUCGUUGGGGGAAAAUCCUCAAGCGCGUCUAUGAUACUAGAGGCACCUUCGCAAAAGCGGCCAUGAGAUUUACUUAACGUGUCAUACAUAGAUACACAAUCAGCAUGUAUCUUCACGAGUAUGGAUUCCAUGUAUUAUAUAUACAAGAAAUAUAUUCUUUGCAUCUUCUCGC